AUGUCGACAGAGGAAAGCGAUGCCAGUUUGGUGGGACUCGAUUGGGAAGCAUGGCAACGUGUAACGCAAACACGUGGUCUGAUGGCUGCCUCCGGUACAAAUUACGAUGCUGCUGCUAUGCCGUCGCAGAAAGCAAUUUGUUACGGUUUUUAUCCUAGCAUUGAACUCGAAUCCAUGCUGCUAAUCAAUUGCAAGAAGUGUGGCUUAAUUUUGAAGGAUGUUGGCUAUGGGCAUCAUAUGCGUUCCCAGCAUGGUUAUCAUAUGAAUUCAAACUCUGGCGACGAAUGCCAGUCCUUUUUGCUUUCUCCUCCUCAUCGUGUCGUUUCCCCACGUCUGGAAAUACCUAUUCUUUCACCGCCGUAUCGGCGAUUAUCAACACCGAUCGCAUCACCUAAGGAGAGCUCAGGUCGAAAUGGAAGUAUUAUAUCUCAGGCUACCUCAACAAGGUACUCCGUGGAACAGAAAGACGAUCUCAAACUUUCAUUGCGAGUAUCGGGACAUAAAGUUUCAAGUGAAGCAAAUGGACAAAAUAAUUCAAGUUUGCCUAACGGUACCAAAGACGAAGUACGGAUUAGUGCUAAAGUUAAUCGGCGAUUAAAUGGCAAGAUGAAAGACAAAAAGGGGAAGAAAAGAAGACGAGAUUCAUCUGAUGAAGACAAUUUCUCUUUAGAACAUUUCCGGCAGAAAAAGCGGUUGUCUAAAAAAGAGCAAAGUGCUGGUGAAGCGACUAAAUUAGUAUCGAGUAAUGUUCUUAUUAGACAUGAUAAUACGGGUGAUAGUCAUAUUUGUAAUGGUGUUGCAACAACUCAAAGCUCAAAGGCUUCCACUGAGAUUAAUAUAGUUCCAGCGGAAGCAUUAACACAACCGGCUUCUGCUUCUACUUUGCUGUCAAUGGAUAAAGAAGCGCAGCCGACAACUGCACUGAAAUCGAUCGACAAUUUAGAAAGGUUGCAAAAAGAAAACGACGAAACUUUUGAUGCGAAAGAGCAAGCGGAAGUGAUGGCAAAUUGUUCCGGACAGUGGAAUGAAGCAGAUUUAGAUAUAGAUUUGUCUCAGGAUGUGACGGCGUGCCCAACUCUCAAAUCAGAAAAAGGCGAAACACAACAGAAUUGGACGCCGAAUGCGAUAUUGUCAUUGGAAGAUCCGGGUAAUGAGAGUCAUCUAUGUGAAUCCGAUCCACAUCGAUUUUAUGUACCAUCACCACCCCAACUGUCUCCAGUAGCAGAGAAAGAGUGCUAUAUAGUAGAUCCCGUGACAGCACCUAUUGCAUCUUCACAAAAAGAUAUUUAUCAUGAUCAUCAUGUAGAGGAAAAUCUAUUGUUGCAACCUCAUGGAAGACUCAUUCCUAACGGGUAUCGAGAAGUGGUUGAUUUGUCACAGCCAUCAUCCCUACAUCCAAACGAAGAUCUGGAUUUAAGUGAUUACGAUGGUGUUCGUCAUCGCUGUGUGGUUUUAGAGCAAAAUGAGGAGGAUGCAAAUGCAAGUCGUGGCAGUAUUGGAACCCGCUAUCCGAUUGAAGAAAGGAUUGUCGCAACCGGACCCAGUUUGUAUGGUUAUCCACAAGGAGAAGUUUCGGAAGAUGUAAGGAGUCGACAUUUAUCACGUAAUGAAGAAGGUUAUAUGGGAAGUGAAUUCGGUCACAGAACGCAUCCUAUAAUGGAGCAUGAAAUAUGUUUGCCUCAACAACAGCAUCGUUGCCCACAACUUGUUUCGGUUGCUUUCGUACCACAGAAAAGAAGCAGUCGAACAUAUUCAUCAUCACCAACGGAAGGAUUCUGUGCUGACGGUGUGUCAUAUCGGGAUGUUUACAUCGAUCCGGAACAGAAAAUCUAUUAUCCAAAUGCGAGGUUAUUGACGGUACCAAUCAAUGGAAAAACGACUGUAGAUUAUCCACCACAAACAACAUCUUCACCUCCCGAUAUUUUUUUGGCGGAGCAAAAUCAUGGGGCGCAUGAUUUGCCGGAUGAUGUAGAACGAUUACCCCAGUUGCCAAGUUUUCACAAUAAUAUGGCAGGGGAGAUGCACAGAGAAAUGCGUGAUCCGGUACAGCUAACGGUUCCUAACCAAGAGUUACACCAGCAUUUCGAUCAGAUCAAUUAUAAUUUACGGUCUGAACGUAGCCGGGUAUCCUUAGGAAGAAAUUCGGCGAUAAAAAUUACGAAGGAAGCAAUGCCUGAACAUCCUUAUGGUUACAGCCCAGGGACACCGGCCAACCUUCAUGGAACUCGGAGUUCGAAUUAUGUACCUCACAUGACACGGAAGAAAGGAUUCGCGCCGCGGGUUCUUCGUACAUUUCGUUCUCAUGCGGAUACGACUCAGCAGGCUGCUGCGUCACAAGUAACACCGCAUGAAGUAUGCGUACCAAUUCAUGGUAGGACUAUAAUACGCCCUGAAUAUCGUUAUGUGUACAUACCGUCGAAAUCGUCGCAUUCUGCUGAUCUCGAUCAUAUAUAUAAUAGGCAAAGAAAAGAUCGUGAAAGAGAGAUGAAUGAAUUCGGCUGUGCGGAAGUGCGACAUGUAGAACACCAAUCACGGAUCGAGCCAACAAUAAGGCACGUAGCCAUACAAAAGGUGCAGCCAACAGUUUUGAGCAGAGUUCGUCCUUUAACUGCAACAAAUGUAGAAGGUGCGCGAGCCGUGAAGGUAUCACCACAUCGACGAAUUGGUCAUCAUCUUUCUUCAUCUGGAGCUGAAAAAACUUUAGUUUUUCAUCCGGAAUUGAAAAAUGAAGGAAGCAAUUAUCCUGCCACUUCCAUCGCAGAUGUAGUACGUGUUAAUUCCAAGGAUCGGAUGUAUCCAGCUUAUGGCUUACAUUCGUACACUGCUGCGGGUAAUAUACAACGGGGAGCGAAUGUUGCUAGCAGAAAUAAGCAGCGUUCAAAUUGCACUUCAUAUCAGAUUCAACAAAACACCGCUUCACGGCAAACAACACGUAAGACAAAAAUAGUACCACCGGCGGAUGAUAUGGAGACUCGCUUUGGAGCUGAUUAUAUUGGUUCACAUUUACUGAAUAAUGGGAUGGUAAGAGAUUGUUCGUCGUUCGCAUUAUCAGUGGAGAAUCGUCCAAAUGUACUGCAUGGUAUCACUGUUCAAACAGCACAGCUGCGUGAUGCCUCUUUUGCUGGCAUUUCGCAGUGUUAUCGAGCAUCUCUAUUUGGGACUGUUUUACCCUCCGCAACCAUUCCCAGUAUUAUCCCAGUAUCAUCUUUUGCUUCGAAAUCGCAUACUUUUUGA